AUGUCUCUACACUGCAUCCAGCCAGUGCAGCAGCCCUGCAGCAGAAAUGUAAUUGCUCAUGGAAGGGAAGCGAUAAUUCUCCGGGAACAUUCUCAAAACAGAAUAAGCACUGACCUCAGAAUCAAGAGAAUCUUAAACCUCCACACCCCCAUGUACUUCUUCCUGGUGAACUUGUCCUUUCUAGAGAUCUGGUAUACCUCCAAUAUUGUCCCCAAGAUGUUGCUGAUUAUCAUAGGAGAAGAGAAGACUAUCUCUGUGGCUGGGUGCCUGGCACAAUUCUACUUCUUUGGAUCCUUGGCUGCAACAGAGUGUCUGUUGCUUGCUGUGAUGUCCUAUGACAUAUAUCUGGCCAUCUGCCAACCUCUCCACUAUCCCAUCUUCAUGACUGGCCCUCUUUGCAUUAAGCUGGCUUCCAGCUCUUGGCUCUGCUGCUUCCUCCUCACAGCAAUCACUAUGGUCCUACUGUCUAGACUACCCUUCUGUGGACCCAAUGAAAUUGAUCACUUCUUCUGCGACUUCACCCCUUUGGUCCAUCUCUCUUGCACGGACACUUCACUGACUGAGACCAUUGCCUACGCCACCUCUUCUGCAGUGACUCUGGUUCCAUUUUUCCUCAUCACAGCCUCCUACUCCUGCAUUCUUGUUGCUAUCCUACGAAUUCCAUCGGGGACAGGCCGGAGGAAGGCCUUCUCCACCUGCUCCUCCCACCUCACUGUGGUCACAGUGUUUUAUGGGACACUGAUUGCCACAUACCUAGUGCCUUCAGCCAAUUCUUCACAACUCUUGUGCAAAGGAUUCUCUCUGCUCUACACCAUCCUGACACCCAUGUUCAACCCCAUCAUCUACAGCCUGAGAAACAGAGACAUCCAUAAAGCCCUGAAGAUGUGCUUGAGUAAGAAACCAGGUUUCCUCCUCAGAUGA